AUGUCAAAUAGCUCAUCUCCUGAACAUGAACCCAUACCUGCUGUACGGAAUCAAGUAGAUCUACAAGUCGGUCUAGUAGGCGAUGCUCAAGUGGGCAAAACAUCAUUAAUGGUCAAAUACGUACAAAAUAUAUUUGAUGAAGAAUAUACACAGACACUUGGUGUAAACUAUCUGAAACGCAAAGUAAGAUUACAUUCUACAGAUAUCAUUUACUCUCUUAUGGAUCUUGGGGGUCAGCGUGAAUUUAUUAAUAUGCUCCCCAUAGCGGCAGUGGGUUCAUCGGCUAUUAUAUUCCUAUUCGAUUUAACCAGGCCAGAAACCCUGAAUUCGAUUAAAGAUUGGUAUAGGCAAGUGAAUGGGUUGAAUGACGUUGCUAUACCGAUACUUGUGGGUACUAAGUAUGAUCUCUUUAUUGGUCUCGAUAGCAAUUACCAAAAUCACAUAUCCAAUUCUGCUAUAGAGUAUUCAAAGAUAAUGAAUUCGCCUUUAGUAUUUUGCUCUACAGCAGAAGGUAUUAAUAUCCAAAAGAUUUUCAAAAUUGCAUUGGCCAAGAUAUUUAACUUGACCUUGGUGAUUCCGGAAAUUACCACUGUCGGUGAUCCAUUAUUAAUAUACAAAAAUUUGGGCAAUGCCACUAAUAAAUGA